CUAACUUGGAUAUGGUUAAUGGCACCACAUGAUCUGAUCAUUUAUAGUUUUUCCAGAGUUUAUUACGGUUCCAAUAUUAUUCGAUUUCAUAAUAAUGUUGUUAAGUAAUUGUGAAUCAAUCUUAAUAAAGAAAAUUCGCGCUGUUGUCAGUUUUUAGUUGACGACUUGUAUAUGACUAAGAUGGCGUCAGCGGAACAAGUAGGUCUUAACAAAACUUGGGAAUUAUCGCUUUAUGAAUUACAUCGAACACCUCAAGAUGCUAUUACCGACAAUACAGAAAUCGCGGUUAGUCCACGAAGUUUACACAGCGAACUUAUGUGCCCAAUUUGUUUGGAUAUGCUUAAAAAAACCAUGACCACCAAGGAGUGCCUCCACCGUUUCUGUUCCGAUUGUAUCAUCACCGCACUUCGAAGCGGUAAUAAGGAAUGUCCAACUUGUAGAAAAAAGUUAGUUUCUAAACGUUCUUUGAGACCAGAUCCAAACUUUGAUCUAUUAAUUUCAAAGAUAUACCCAAGCAGAGAUGAAUACGAAGCGCAUCAAGAAAGAGUUUUGGCAAAAUUAAAUAAAUCACAUUCCCAGGCUGCCUUAGUAAAUUCUAUUACCGAAGGUAUCAAACUACAAAGCCAGAAUCGUCCACAACGUUCCAGAAAGAAUGCUAAUGAAUCUGAAAAUACAAGUAAUGCAACUUCGUACAAUAAUACUCCAAAUGUUAGUGCUCCUACAACGCCAAAUCCUUCUACAAAUGCUGCAAAUCAAAGUGAUUCUUCGCAAAGUGCAACGGGGCCAUUAACUACUAAUAACGGAGGAGCUAGUAAUAGUUCACAGAAUUCUACAAAUAUUUCUCAACCUGCAAGUAGUCCUGCGGUUUCCGGAACUACAUCUAGAAAUUCUACAACACCUUCGCCAAAUCCCACAAAUCAAAUACCAAAACCACCAAAGCGACAAAAAAGUCUUCAGAAUUCAGAAAAUGAUUCUUCUAGUGCAGAAGCAGAAACAGGAGGUGGUGAUUCUAUGGUCGAUACAGAAGGCGAGGGUCCUAGUGAACCUUUGAUGCUUAAUGAAAUCGAACUAGUUUUCAAACCCCAUCCAACAGAAAUGGCUGGAGACAAUUCAUUAAUAAAAGCAUUAAAAGAGAAUAGUAUUCGAUAUAUAAAAACUACGGCAAAUGCAACAGUGGACCAUCUCAGUAAAUAUUUAGCUAUGCGAUUAACUUUGGAUCUUGACACGGAAUUAUCAGAAUCGGAUAGGUUAUUGAAUUUUUGUAUUUAUAUAGCACCUUCUCCAGGACAACUCGUGGUAUUGAGUGGAUCACAAACAUUACGACAAGUGAAUGACAAAUUCUGGCGAGUCAAUAGACCAUUGGAAAUGUACUAUUCAUGGAAAAAAACCUAGGGAAGGCCUCGAAAAUAUCAAUCAGAUGGGAGCUAGUUGUAUUAUGCUCCGAAUCAAAAUUAAAAUCUAGAUAUUUGUGGAGUCACGUAGGGGCUGUUGUGAAAGGAAAAACCUGAUGUGUUUUAUUAUAUUCUAACAGCUUUGAUACGUCUUAAGAGAAGGUAGAACACGAAGAGGUUCUUCGUGUUUUUUGACAGUAGUGCAAUUUUUACGAUCUUUUCAAAUGGUUGCCAAUGUUUAUGCGAUUCGAGUUUUUGUACGAGAGAUUGUUAUGGCAACGUAUUUUUAAGUGAUAGAAUUAAAUUAGGAACAUGACAUACGUCAACGAUAGCUGAUUAAAAUAGGAAAGGAUAAAAAUGCAUCUUUAAUCCGUGAUCAUUGUUUUAUAUUCUUGCAAGUAAUACCUACCCGAUCUUAUUGAAGAAAUAACAGUUAGAUCGGUGCACACAUCACAUACAUUUCCAUACUCGAACAAAGUCAAUGGUUAAUUAACUUAUUUAAUAAUCGAUGAACGAAUUGUUGUGGACCAUUCUGUACAGUUUUGUGAAAAAAAGCAAAAAAUAAAUGAAUGUAUAUAAGUGA